AUUGCAAUUUUCGAUCUUUUUACUACUUUGCGCCGGUGACUGUGAUCACUGAUCAGACGCCAACGGAUUUCGCUUUUGAGGUUUUUGCUGUCUGUGUGUUUGCGGAAGACGAUCGGAAAUGGUCGCGAUUGAGCCUUUGCCUUCCACCGAUAUCGAAUCAAAACCCUCAAAUUCAACCACCACCGGAGUAGAUUCGAACAGUAGCAACAGAUUAAAUGUUGAUGGAGUAGUUUCGAGCAGUGGAGAUAAAGCAACAGCCGCCGGAUACGCAUCCGACGGGUACGAAACCGCAAGCGAGACUGAAGUUGGCGAUGAUGAUACGGUUUCUGACAAUUCUGAUAAAUCGUACGCCGUUGAACAUGAACAUCAACAACAGAAAUCGGAAGAAAUGUCUACGGUGUCGAAGGAUCCGACCUAUGAAGAUGCACUCAAUGAUGAUGAAUUCAAGCAGAAACUUUUGGCACAAAUGAAUGAAGCAAAAGUUGAAGGAAACAAGUUAUUUGGAGAACGAUUAUAUGAAGAGGCAUUAUUAAAGUAUGAUUAUGCAAUCCAACUUGCACCUGAGAUGUCUUCUUCUUCAGAAAUUAGGUCAAUAUGUCAUAAUAAUCGUGCUACAUGUUUCUUUAAACUGGGAAAGUAUGAGGAUACAAUUAAAGAAUGCAGCAAAGCAUUGGAAAUAAAUCCUACUUACAUGAAAUCUUUGCUUAGAAGAGGAGAGGUUCAUGAAAAGCUUGAAAAUUAUGAGGAGGCUAUUGCUGAUAUGAAGAAAAUCUUGGAGUUGGAUCCUUCGAACUACCAAUGUAAGAGAACCAUUAUCCGUUUAGAGCCACUAGCAAUACAAAAACGUGAAAAGAUGAAGGAAGAGAUGUUGGGGAAGUUGAAAGAUAUGGGUGACUCGAUAUUGGGAAAAUUUGGGAUGAGUGUAGACAAUUUUAAAGCUGUGAAAGAUCCAAAUACUGGAUCAUAUUCUAUCUCUUUUCAGAGAUAGAAAAAUAAGAAGAAGAUAUAUGCAUGUUUUCCACAUGUUUAUAAGAGGACUUAUACCAGAAGAUAUGAUAUUUCUACAUGUUUUGUGGUGUUGAAAAUUGAAAUCAUCAUGUUUUCUUGUUACUUUUAUCUUGC